AUGGAUAUGGAACUGAAAGCAAUAAAAAAGUAUUGUUAUAAAUAUGGUAUUGGAAUCGAAAAUAAUGAAAGGGAAUCAGCUAUUUGGUAUAAACGCGCGGCCAAUAACGGAAAUACAACAGCAAAAUUUUAUCUCGCUGAAUGUUAUCGAUUAGGGAAAGGAAUCAAAAAGAAUGAAAUUAAAGCAUUUGAAUUUUAUAAAAUGUUGAGCGAAAGUGAAAUUUCUGAUGCACAAUUUCAACUUGGAAAUUGUUUUUUUUUAUGA